AUGGUGCAAAGUCAGUCGUUAAGCACAUUAACAAUCUGUGGAAGUGUACAAGUUUACAGGAAUCGUUUAAAUUCGGUGAAAGCUUCGGGCUUUAUUAGUGAUCGAUGCGCGUCGUGUCAAUUCUUACGUAGAUCACCAUCAUCAUCGUCGUCAUCGUCACUUGGAAGGCUUUGGAAGUCGUUAAAGCAAAGAAAUCUGUUGAAGGUGGAAGCUAGAUGGCCAUUUCAAGAGAGUGACCAAGGUCUAGACCCGAGCUCUGAGCGAAGCGAAAGUGCGAAUGAAGAUAUUUUGAUCUUCUUCUUUCAGCUAGACUUGGCUACUCGUGUGCAGUAUGCGUUGAAUCUGGAGCAGUACGACGUCGCGCAACAACUAAGAGAAAAGCUAAAUGAGGUGGAAGAGGAGGCGAUAAAGCUGCAAGAAGGGAAAAGAGGAUCAUCAUCAAAGAGUGAAGCUCAAGACAAGGGUAUUAGUAUUAUAAGACUACGUGCAGAUCUCCAGAAUGCUAUUGACAGUGAGGAUUAUGGUUUGGCAGCUAAGUUACGAGAUCAAAUCUCAAAGCUUGAAGCAGAAUCGUUAGCUGUAUCUGCGAAAGCCUUGGCUUUUGAGAAUGCAGAGUAUGCAUUUCGUUUGGGGCAGAAACUUAGACACAAGACUUUUGGUUACCGGGCUGUAGUUUGUGGGAUGGAUCCAAUUUGCUGUGAAUCAAGCUCCUGGAUGGAAGCUGCAGAGAUUAAAAAGUUGCCCCGUGGAUCCAAUCAACCAUUUUACCAGGUUCUAGUUGAUGUUCGCACGCACCCAGAUCUACUAGUAGCAUAUGUUCCUGAAGACAACCUAUUAGCUCUAGAGAAACCUGACAAGGAAAGGUUUGAUCAUCCGUACAUUUCUUUCCUCUUCUAUGGAGCCGACACAGCUGGAGACUUCAUCCCAAUCCAACAACUUCGUGAGAAGUACAACAAACCCCGGCAUGAGGUCCCUUUUGAUUCACAAGACGACGAUUAA